CUCAGCUCAACUGGAAUAUACAUCUCUUGCACUAAGUGACACUGGUCCUUACCUGGCGUGUUGCUCAUCUGUACCCGAUCACACCAUCACUGUCUGGGACUGGGAGAAGAAGGUGCCAUUAUGCAGCCAUGCUCAAAUGAAGGAGGUCUUCACGGUUUUAGCAUUCAACCCCAUGAGCUGGCACCAAAUCUGUGCAAUGAGCUCCAGCUCGCUAGUGGUCUGGAACAUUGAAAGAAGUGAUAACCUUUACAUUUUAAAACAAAGUGUAAUAGACCUCCCAGCCACAGAUGGCAGUGUGGUCGAGACAGAGAAGGGCACCUCCCGGGAUAACAGUGGGAAGCUUUCAUACCUUGGCCCUCAGAUGCCCACUUCUGCCAUUGCUGGGCUUGUAGGGAAGCAUGCAGAAAGAUUUGUGCCCAAGUGUCACGUGAAGCCUCAACUGAGCCCUAGCUGUGUGUGUUGGUCGGCUGCGUCUCACUUGUACGUGGGCUGCAGGGAGGGCUGGCUGCUCAGGGUCAACCCAGAGUCUCCUCUCGUCUCCAUCCUGCACAGGCCAAAUCAUGCACAUGGGGAUCCUAACAUUCCAGCCUUAGAGGGGUGCAGUUUCCUAACCAUGGCGAUGCACAAAGAUGGACUUCUCGUGUCUGGAGAUGAUGGUUUUCUGCGCAGUCUGCAGGUAAAGGGAACCGUGGUGGAGGUCUCACAGACAGUGGAGUUGGAGGAGCCGGCCUCCAGCAUAUACUACUCGCCAGAUAAGGAGAGUCUGCUUCUGGCCACCAGUACGGGGCAUUUUUACCACUACAAACCCACUCAGUUGGACAAGGCAGUGAGGAUCCUGGAGGUCUUGACAGGGGACUUUGUGGCUGCGUCAUCCCUGCACACAGAGAAGAACCUAUAUUGUGUGUCUGUGAGAGACAGUGGGGAGCUGCAGGUGUGGUCUAUGGAUGAUGGACUUUGCAUUGCAUCCAUCAAUCUGCAUGUUCAGGCCACAACUCUGGCCUGUUGUCUAGUGGCGCAGUAUGUAGCCGUGGGAACUGCUUCGGGUCAGGUCCUGUUUGUGGACUUGUCGACAAGGACGCAGCCUCGUCUGGUGCACCGAAUUCAGCUCUACCACACACCUGUGGAACACCUGCUGUUUGAGCAUGGUGGGAACUUCCUGAUCAUAAGUGGCUCAGACAAAAACAUCUUCCUUCUGGAUGCCAGGCCGUCCAAAGGCUUUGAGGUCAUCGGAUACAUAGAAGCUGAUGGGUUGGUGGUGUCUCUCUCGGCUCUGAGCAUAAGGGAGAGGAACCUUGUGAGGGUGGGGGUCGUGUGUGGAGGAGGGAGGGAUGAGCAGACGCAGACAGGAGUGAAAGAAGGAAGGAGGAUCAUGCUCUUCUCUCUGUCCAGCCAGAAGAUCUUAGCAGAGCGAGCAUCCUGUGUGGACCAGAGAGGUGUUCUACUCUCUGAGCUGCUGCAGGUGUGCUAUUAUGAGACGCACUUCCCCUUGUCCUCCUGUGUUCUCGGCGGCCUCAACAGGCUAUACGCCUACUGCCAUCCCAAAAAGGCUAUUCAGACAUACCAACUCCCAGAGGGAGUGAUGGGAUCCGCCGACUCGCCUGUGUCUGUGGCCCCUGACGGGGAGGUGGAGGGCCACCCCCUGGGGCCUGCCCUGCUGCUCAUGUCCCCCCAACACACCUGGCUGGCCACCUUGGGCCGGGAUGGCCUGCUCUACCUGCGAGACUCCUCCAACUUGGACUGCUACGUGCAUUUCCAGUGCCACUCGAGUUGGCUGGGUGGCGGGCGAAGCCUCUCUUUCACCACAGACGGCCAGGCUCUCCUCAGCACAGGCUUGAGAGAUGGCAGCCUAGUGUGCGCCAAAUACAGGCAGGGGAUCAAGGGGGCUGGGAAAUCUUUCAGCCCCUCCCAGUCCAGUCCGUGGUCGGUGGUCACCCGGCCAGAGUCGGCCAUCUUAGCUGAGAACACCUCCCUUGCCCAAAUGACAGAGUGGGAUCUGGCUACGCAGUCCGCUCCUGGCUCAGCCAGCGAGGAGGGCGUGCGGCACAGGUCUGACAUAGAUGUGACGGAACAAGAUGACAGCUACUGCAGCCCUGCCUCUGAAUCGCUCUCUAGCGCCACCUGGCUGGACAAAAAGUUGGAGCUGGUUGGUAAAGAGGAAAAUCAGAAGUUCACUGAGAUAAAGCAGAAUCUGAGGAAGUCCAUCAAAGAACUCAGAGACACCAUCCAGGUGAUGAUGAGGGAGAAUGAGGCCCUGCCUGAGAUGGAACGCCUGGAGCAACAGGAGUUUAAUUUAGAUGCAACAGAGAAGAAACGACUACAGGCAGAGGGAGAGCAGGAGGUUCAGAGGGUGAGGAAUGAGAUUGAGAUGGAGAACUUGGCCAAGAGUUACCUGCGAGAGGUGUUGAAGAGAGAGUGCUGGGACUCCAUGAAAGUCAAAGGCAAAGCUAUCAAAGCGUUCCACUCUUCCUAUGAGGUGAAGAACUACCCCAUGAGGGAGCGGACUCAGAAAGAGCUGGAUGAGUUACUACGAGUGGAAAACAUGAGGAAGAUCGAGCUUGCAGACUCUAAUCUCCAGCAGGAGAUCCUGGAGCACAGGGCUCCCGUGCUGACGGAGCACGACGAAGACGAGGAGGAGGAAGGCUCCGAGGCAGAGAGCGUGGCCCUGUGUGGCAGCCUGAGCGCCCAGUACGGAGGCACCCAGCCUCUACUCCACAGCCAGUUCAACCUGCACAUCCGAGAGCAGAAGAUCAACCAGAUCACCCUGCUACAGGAUGUCAUCUACAAGGUGAAGAGUGCCUUCAAUAAGGAGUUUGACGGCGUGUACAGGCAGAAGGAGCAGGAGAUGCAGCGUGUGCGGGAGAGGAACAAGCGCAUCACAGAGAUCAUGACCGAGCUGGACGUCAAGGAGGCCCUCUGGGAGGCAGUGCUCUCCACCAGUGAGAGGCCGGAGAGGGCGUUGACAGUGGAUGACUCGGAGAUCAAAGUGGAUAAAUUCUUGAGCCUGGAGCAGAGGCAGAAAGAGGAGGAGCAGAGAAAAGAGGAGGAGAAGAGGAGGCUGGAGGCAAAGGGUGAGAACGUGAGAGAACGUGCUCUGGGCCACAUGAUGGGUGGAGUGCUAGAGGUCAAGAAGGAGGACAUCCUAAAGAUGGAGGUGUCUCAGCCUGAGUUCAUGUCCAGGCCAGAGGUGCAGUGGACAGAAGAGGACAGGAAGGCCCACAAGGAGUACGAGAAGAAGGUCAAAGAGCUGCAGGAGGAACAGGAGAAGUACCGCAAGACUUUAGAAUCAGAGAUGAAGAAACUGCAAACAUGCAUCAAAGAGGCUACUCAGGGCUUUGAUGAAACCCUCACGAAACUGUUUGAGAGGAAGGUGAAGUCCGAAAUGGUGAUAUACCAGGAGGAGCUGAAGAUCGCCAACCUGAUUCACUCCAUACUGACUGAGGAUGAGAUUCUCAACAGGGAGAAGGAGCUGCAUAACAAGCUGGAAAAUAUGAGAGCUUUAAAGCAAAACAUGGGCGAGGACCUGAAGAAGUGCAAGGAGGAUGUGGACUCGUUCAGGGAGACCUAUGACAACAUCGUGGCAGAGGACAAGCUGCUUGACCGUGGGUUUCGUAAGGAGUUCUUCGAUGUCCCUGGACAUGUAGUAGACCAGCUGUACAAACUGUAUAAGAGAAGACCCAGGGUUCACCAGAUGCGGACGCAGACGGAUGUGCCCAGCGGAGGCGGUGCUGGGUGGGGCCAGGCGCAGGCUGAGGGCCUGUCUCUCAUGCUCAGGGCCAUGGAGGAGCUGGACUCACUGGAGCACAUGCCCGAGGGCCUGGACCCGGCCGUGUGGGAGCGCUUCUGCACCUCCAGGAGGACCAAGGUCGAGAGUGAGCACCAGGUGAAGACAAAGGCCCUGACCCUUGCAGAGAUGCAGGCAUUUCUACAGCGGAGAACCGACGAGGAUGAGAACAGUCGUCUGGAGAUCAUCAAUCUCAUCGAGGAGAUUAACGGUCUCCGAGAGGAGAAGAUGCGUUUCCGUCUGGACAUCAUGGUGCAGAUUCUGAUCAAGCAGGGCCAGGUGGAGGUGGAGGCCGGGGACUUUGUGGCCGACUACUCCGACUCCCUGCUGCUGCACCGCAAUGUGGUGGAGGACCUCAACGCCACCAUUAGGAUGCUGGGAGAGCAGAAGAUCGCCAGCAUGGUGGAGUGUAAGGACUUCCGGAAGGGCAUCAUCCAGCAGGAGUGGGAGCACAAGAGAAUGCACAUGCUGACGGAGGACCUCAACAACAAGGCGCGCGACAUCCAGAUGCUACGAGUGUCCCAGGAACUUCAGGAGCACCUGGUUGAGACAGACCAGGACAGCAGAAUGUCCAAGCAGGUUUCCAUUCUAGAGAAAACUAUUGCACAACAAGAACAGACACACCUGAAGAACGUGCAGAACUGUAAGCGUCUGAUUAAGCAGCUGGAGAAGCAGACGUCUGCGAAGGUCGAUAAGAACUCCGCUCUGGACACACAGUUGGCCAGCAUGCGGAUCACAGUGGCCGAAAGGAGGACCAUCUAUCACACCAUAGCCAUGGAGGAGAACCAGGAGGCCGAGUCAGAGCAGCGCUACCAGGAGAUCCUGGAGCGCAAGCGGCUGGUGGAGCUGGCCAGGGAGCAGGCCCAGGAGGUGGCAGUGCUGCGGGCAGAGGUGGAGAGGAUGAGGAUGAAGACCUUCCCCGCACUCGGCCAGUUCAAGCACAGCUGAGGCUCGACGACUGGGACAUCAACAGCAGACUGCUCAGACCUGUGGUUUUUAUGACUUUUGAAUUUAUUCAUAUAAAUAUUUCUCAUAUCCUAAAAAGUGUAUGAGGGCUUUUUUUUUCUUCUUUUUUUUCCCAGU